AUGGCAGAUCAGAUAGCACAGCCUUCGGAGGGGACAACAACCACUGCUGACGUAUCAAACGCCAAUUCUGUCGAAACAACAUCUGGGCAAACAGAGAAGGAAAAUCCAGUUACUUCCUCUGAAUCCGUUCAAAAAGAACCAUCAACCAGAUCUCAGCAGGAGACAAUUCCUGAAUCAGUUCCCUUUGCCACUCCUUCGGUCCCAGCAUCAAUCUUUGCUGUCUCUCCUACUCCAGGUCGUCGUUCUAAAACCACAGAAAGAAAGAAGGUUCUUGCUCUUUCGGGUCCUAUAGGUUCUUCAGUUCUUGGUACUUCUAGCAAAGAAGUUACGUUCCCAAAUUUGGAUGCUGAGCCAAUCCUAGCCUCGGCGGUUUCACUCGCCUCUCCUGAAGGUCAAAUAAAAGCCAAACCGGCCUUGGCAACUAGUCAGUCCAAAUCUAUUUCCACUGAAGCUAUGUCUGAUCCAUUUGAUCAUGAUUCAGAAUCCUUGCUAUCUCCUGAUGUGUUGACACCCAAGGCAAAGGGCAAACGUAAGACCAAAGCUGUUGAAACGAUGAAAGGGAAGAAGGCCAAAGUAGCUCAAUCUAAAGGUACCAGCUCCAUCUUUGAUUCAUCUCCUUUAUCUCGUUUUAAAUUAAAGGCCAAAAUCAAUCCUCCUCCAUGUACCUCAUCAGAGGAUGUCUCUCCCGAGAUGGAAGACUCUCAGCCUGAGUUGGACCCUUCUUUGACCGAGCCAAAUCCUGAAGUUCCUCUUGAUGAUUUGGCUGAGGAGACUGAAUCUGAAGAAGACCCAUCUGAAGCCUCUCCUGUUGCGUCUAACCCAAAAGGCACCACUCCAUUGGCAUUUCCCGAAUUGUCUUCCAAACUUGCGAAGCAAAAAGUUUAUGUUAGGGGUCUUUUGUAUAAGUUUAGCCCGUCCGAAAUUGCUAAGGCUCUCAAUCUCGUCCCUGUGGAGAUUGAUGAUUCUAUUGAAUUUGCAAAGGACCAAGUUUUGUCUGAACUGGUUGUCAAAGAUGAUCAUCCUCCAUCCACAACUCGGAAAUUCAAAGGAAUUAAUCUUGCUGGUCCUGCUUCUGGCAAUGUUGUGACCGACUCACCUGCUGUCCCAACAGAUCUUGCUGCUGUCCAGACAGGGAUUCAAAGUCUUUCUGACCGGUUCUCUCAAAUGGAGGAGUCUUAG